GAAUUUUGCAAAUUUUGACAUUUUAUUAUGACGUGUUUGUUUACAAUUAAAAAUAAAAAACUACUUAUAAUUAAGGAAAAUAUUUUAGAAACUAUUAGUAUUCAAUUAAAAUGGCCACUAAGCUAAAUGUUAAUAUACGUACAUUAUUAGCCAAUUGUGAAGAACUGGCUAAGGAAGAAGUGAAUUUUUGGCGUUUGAAGAAAUUUAUCAAGUCAUUGGAUACUAUGAUCGUGGAACUUAAAAAUAUGGAAGAUUCAUACAGCAGCGAAAAAAUUCCUGAUUAUACAAAAAGACUGCAAGAUUUAAAGGCAAUUACCAAUUAUAUAGACAGUCCACCACCAGCCAACCGCUUAAGGUCAACUAGGAUAAGAGGUGGAGCCUCUGAGGCAGGAGAUGAUGCUCUUAAAGAAAUGAACCAACUGCAAUCAUCAAAGCAGUAUGCAGAUUUACGUAAAGAAUUAUUACAAGAUGAUUCACUGAGGAGACGCAAACCCUUAGAAGAAGGUGCCAGUGGCGAGCAAAGUGAAGCUGUUAAAUAUAUAAGAGAAAACCAGGAAAUGAUUACCGAGCACAUGUUGUCCUUAACGAGAAAUCUCAGGGAACAGACGGAAACUGCAAAUAGAAUUAUUAAGAAAGAUACCGAAAUGGUAUCACGUUCUGCUGGGAUGGCAGAUCGUAAUAUUGGUGCCCUAAACAAAGAAACUGAAAAAUUAGAGGACCAUUCUCGUAAUGCAUGGAAAUGUUGGAUGUGGCUGAUGAUAGUAUUUGUAAUAGGGACAUUUAUAGCAAUGGUUUUAUUUAUGAAAAUAGUAAAAAAGAAGAAAUAUUAAGCAAAGACAAAA